AUGCGGUGGACAUGGCCUGCACGUUGUGCCGCCAACACUUUGGCACCGGCGAGGGAGAUGGAGCGACGUCUGCGUUCACGUGACAUGACGCUGCGCGUGACCACAAAGGAUGGCACUCUGCGUCUUGUGUAUGCAUCCACGUUGGGUCUCUUGCGGGAGACUCUCCGGCGACACCGGCUGGCAACACGCACACAUGGCUGUUGCCCGUUCUUGGAACUACUCGGGACACACCUGUCAUUCACGAACAUUCUGGCGGCGCUCCAGGAAGGAGAGGAACGUGUGUCCUCUCGAUUCACGGCGGAUGAGGCGACUGUCGUUACCGAAGCACUGGCGCUUGGAGAGUGUCGAUGUUGCGUACGUGGCGACAACAAUGGCAGCAUUGAGGGGCCGUCAUUCCCGCUCAUAGUUGAGCGGGCCUUGUAUGGUCGGAGGCAGACCUUCACUUCUGCGACUUCAGCGAGAUUUGAUCGGAUUGUCUCUGAGGAUGAGGAAGAAAUAAAUGACGCUGAUGCGAUGUCAACAUUGCGGAUUGGGCUGAAAAACACGCCUCGUGAAAAGUUGAUGGAAUAUUUCCGGCAUAACAUCUCACUUCAUGGUUACAACUUCUUUUGUCAAUCUGAGGGUUUGACAUCGGCGCUUUGGUGCUGUACGCAUCUGGGGGACCCGUCCAUUCAACAGGCUCUUGCGUUCUGUGCGGAGGAUGUCAUGAUGCACGAUGCAGCUAGCAAUUCUCUGGAGGCAGAUACGAAACUUGAUUUGGCGUUGGAGCGCUCAGGGCUUUCGUACGGUGUUCUGCUUCAGCCACUGCUGGCAGGAGAGGCGGUGGAGAUGGAUAUUAGGCGGCUACAGCGGGUUAUUGUGGAUGCUUCUAUUAAUACCCCAGAUGUGUUCCGUGAGCUCACCCACCGGGCGGUAGAGAAUGGACUUGCAUGUCAGGACAACAUUGCGCUUUUUACAGGAGACUACGAGGGGGCGUACGCAAUAGCGACGGCAGCGCGACAGUCUACACAAGACCCCGCAUUGGCGAUGCGGGCGGUUGAAAAGGUGCGAUGUAAACUUGGGUUUAAUGAGUUUUGUCUGUCGCUUGACUCUGCGGCAAUCGUGCGCAACGGAGUUGAUUAUUUCUGUCGCUGCUUUAAACAAAACUUUAUGCGGUCUGUGGUGACACUUCCAAAGGAGGAGUUGCUGCGUCUCAUGCAUGAGACAAGCUUCCGCUGCACGUUCUGUGCGAAGGAGCAUCCGCUGCAGCCGGAGGAUUGGCAAAAGGCCAUGCAAGGCCGUAUUGAAUGA